AUGGUCCAGUCCUCGUUGACCGGGUGGCUCAAGAAGCCCUCGGCCACACAAGAAAGCGUACAAACUCCAAAACAGGCCCCAAUAGCACCCCCGCCUGCAAAACGCCCUCCACCGCCGCCAAAGUCUGUCUCCGCGCCUCCGCACGUCCUCACAACCAGCACGCCAGUUCCGCCCAAGACAGACAACUGGAACGACAUCCCAGAUGACUUCCUCUCAGCUCCGUCGAGACCAAGAGCGAAGAAAAGCCCACGAUCGUCAGCUGCACCCACACCCGCCGGGCCGUCCAGAGUGCCUACACCUGUCGCUCCACCAGUCCAGACGCCCGCGAUCCCCCAGCUCUUCGCUCUGCGCCCCCUCCCACCCAAUGUCCAACUUGCGCCACUCACAGAGGGACAUCUCGACGCAUACAAGCGCCUCAACGCCCUCACCCUGCCCAUCCCCUACCCAGACUCGUUCUACAAGGAGACGAUGACAGAACCUCACCUCGGCAUCACACUCGUCGCCCUUUGGCACUCGUCACCCACACAAGCCAAUUCCUCCGCUGAGACAGAAAAGCCACGUCUUGUAGGCGCCAUUCGCUGUCGUCUGCUCCCAUCCUCGCAACUUUAUAUCUCCACGAUUGGUAUACUGGCACCGUACCGCUCACACGGUAUCGCCAUGCACCUGCUGCAAGCUAUCGUCAAGAAGGCGGUGGAAUUGCAUGGCGUGAAAUGCGUCACGGCGCAUGUUUGGGAGGCGAAUGAGGAAGGUUUGGAGUGGUAUGGGAAGAGGAACUUUGAGGUGCUGGGCAAGGAAGAGGGAUAUUACAGGAAACUGAGGCCUCAAACUGCGGUGCUGAUGAGGAAGUGGAUUGGGGUUGGGGAUCUGUUGGGCGGUGGACAGGCAAUGUGA